AUGAUACUCUCUUCCUUUUCCAUUACUUCUUUGCUGCUUUCCUAUGUAACGAUCUUCGAGGUCGCCUGGGCAGCCGAGCCCGUCGCGGCAACAUGGUCAUCUUUGACAUUUGGACCAGAUGGCCCUUGGCCGGCAGUUGAAGUAAUUCUAGGCAACCGCCAGAAAAUAUCGAUGUAUCCAGGGCGAGAAUUCCAAAGUUUCCUCCUCACUAGCGAGUACUGUGAUAACAACAUGUCGCUCCCGUGUUAUUCUAGUCAAGCCGGACUCUACGAUAAAAAACUGACCGGCUCAACGGGCCAGAUUAAGUAUCAGGCAGGAGCGAAUUAUAUGAUGGGCCUGGAUAUCCAAGGCUCGUUAACGGCACCAUGGGUCGACACGUUGAAAUUCGGUGGCGCAACGGUGGAAAAUGUUUCCCUAGCCUUAUUGACAGGAUCGUAUACGUCAUAUCCUAAUGGUCGAUGGUACCCAUUGACUGUUGGAUGUCUUGGGAUAGGAGCGCCAGGCACAAUCAACCAGUCCUUUUCAUUAGAUAAUGGAGAGCCACUGAUCAAUGCCAGUCUCAUACCUGGAUAUUUAUCAGCGCACAACACAAUCGAAUCCAACUCUUUCAGCAUGCAUAUCGGUUCAGCUAAUCCUCCAAUGCAAGGGUCGUUCUAUUUUGGUGGGUAUGACCAAAAUCGAAUUGUUGGAGAUAUCCUCACCUAUAGCGGCGAUUAUACAAAUUUCAUAACCCUAAGAGACAUUGGCAUCAAAGUGAUUGAUGGUUCUUCGCCGUGGGUGUUUGACUCGCUAGGCGGUCUCCUUGGAUCAGACAACUUGGCAAACUCACCUGGAGGACUUAAAGUCGCUGUCGAUGGCUGUUCUCCUUACCUAACGCUUCCCAAGUCAACAUGUGAUGCGAUCGCGAAUAAUUUACCUGUAACAUACAACAAUGACCUUGGCUUAUAUUUCUGGAAUACUAACGACCCGAAAUACACUCAAGUCGUCAAUUCAGCUUCCGUGUUAGAGUUCGUAUUCCUCGCGGGAUCGAAUAUGAAAAACGUUUCCAUCUCAGUUCCAUUUCGGCAUUUAAAUCUCACAUUGACGGCACCAUUAGUUGACACGUCAACACAAUACUUUCCCUGUUAUACUGGGUCUUCGACGCUUACUCUUGGCCGUGCGUUUUUGCAAGAUGCCUUUGUUGGUGCAAAUUGGGGAACUCAAUCGUGGUGGCUUGCACAGGCUCCCGGUCCCAAUGUACCGCCACCAUCCGUGAUCCAGCUUGCAAGCGAAGAUUCCAUCACGGCGAGUUCGAAUGACUGGAAAGAGUCAUGGUCCGGGUUCUGGACAGCUCUCAGUCCUGAUGAAGCGGGUGGUUCGGCCAGUGCAAACGCUUCUAGCGGAACGGCAAGCGGAGCACCAAAUAGCGACCCGACCGGCAGUCUUUCAACAGGAGCCCAAGUCGGUAUUGGUAUAGGUGCUGGAGUUAUAGGCCUAGCAACUAUUUGUGUUAUUGCUUUUUGCUUACUACAUCGUCGUAAAGCAGCUCGCCUUAACGGAAUGGUGUCUAAGCCAACGCAUGCCGCCCAGGACAUAUUGGCACAAGAAUCCCACGCGCCUGUGAAAUUUUCAAAUUUACCCAAUACAAAUACAUUCGCAGAGUAUUCAGGACCGCCGUCGAAUACGCUCUAUAGCCAGCAGUAUAUUCAUCAACAGCAUUAUUCCUAUCCUCAACAAUACCCGCAGCCGUAUCCCGCCGAACUAUCAUCCGUCAUGUCACCAAUAGAACUCCCCGGAUCGACAAUCUACGAUCCACAACUCUUGGACGGAACUCAAGUUCACGGUUACAUGCCUUCCCAACAAACUGGUACAUUAUCUCAAACGGAACAUCCCCCGGGCCCUAAUUCGGGCCAGUCGCAAGGACACGGUCGGCACGGAAAUUUCAUAUAA